AUGGACAACCAGGAAAUUCUGGCAGUCCACUCGGUACUGCAUUUGAUCUAUCAUCGCAAUAAGAACCAACACCAGGGUGCCAAGUGGUGGAAAUGGCUGUCGAUGCUGAAGCGCACCACCUGGGAUCUGGGGUCGAUGGACCCGACCAAAGCGGCAAGCUCUUAUCGGCAGCAUCUGGCGUCGCAUCUGAUUCCGAGAUGUUAUCUAGCAUUUUCCACCGUGGUCGCCGAUACCCAGUUCGCUACACUUGGUAUAGUAUUACUGGCCGCUCUGGCACGUCUUGCCAAGGCAACGGGCGUGGACUCUAAAAUGGCUGCUCAGGCGCAGCCAAAGAUUAAAAAGAUCACUCCCGUUGUGUCGACGGCAGAUGACCGCGGUGAGCGCGUCAGCCGCAAUGAGUGCGAUGCAUUGUCUGGCCCGGCCAAGGCCCCCGUCUCAAAGACAACGGCGAAGCCAACCGACGACAAAUCUAGCGCGAAGCGUACGACGAAAUCUAGCAAACGGAAGAAAAAUGCCAUAGACGAUCUAUUCAGCGGUCUGAUGUGA